AUGGGAAUCGAGUGUGAGGAGUUGAAGAAAGUAGAAGCAGAUGGGUUACGACGUUCAGCAUUCUUUGGGAUCGCAAUUUCCACUGUUGCGACAUUGACGGCAAUUGUUGCCGUACCAAUGUUGUACAAUUAUGUGCAACAUGUGCAAUCAUCAUUGGCGGGAGAAUUAGAUUUUUGCAAAUAUAGAACUGAUGGGCUAUGGAAUGAAUAUCGAAUUGUUGAGGAAGCUACUGGUUUGCAAGGAAGAUUAAAACGGGAAGCGCGUUAUCGUAGUGCAGGAAGAACAGGUCGAAAAUCAGCUCGAGCACGUGGCACAGGGACCUAUUUAAAUAGUGUUGCAGGAUAUUUACCAACUGAUGCUGGUGUUAAGACUUCACCACAAAAUUUGCAAGGUGAAGAUCAGUGCUGCAGUUGCGGUGUUGGAAAUGCGGGACCUCUAGGAUCUCCAGGGAAUGAUGGUGAGAAAGGAGCUGAUGGAACACCAGGUAACGAUGGUAUCCCAGGGCAGGAUGCCGCACCAGAUGCUAUGCCGAAACCCGAGGACUUUUGCUUCAACUGUCCAGAAGGACCAGCAGGACCGCCAGGUCCAAUUGGGCUCAAAGGACCACCUGGACAAGCUGGCAUACCAGGAAAGAACGGCGAGCCUCCAACACCAGGACCACCAGGUCUACCCGGACCACAAGGACCACCCGGAGCAGUAGGUGAAAUGGGGCCACCUGGACCACCCGGUUCACCUGGACAAAUUACAGAGACAGCUGGGACUUCCGGCCUGCCAGGACCAGUGGGACCGAUAGGGUCAGCAGGACCACCAGGACUGCCUGGCUCACCAGGAAGUAUUGUUCCUGGAACUCCAGGGUUGCCUGGGGAUGCAGGACCUGCCGGUACUGCAGGAAAUCCCGGAGCACCAGGGUUACGUGGUGAGAUGGGAGUUGCUGGUAUAGCUGGUUCAUGCGAUCAUUGUCCACCACCACGCACCGCACCUGGAUAUUAA